AUGGAUGUUGAUGAUAAAUCAGGAGGAGGCGGCAAUAAGGCACCUGCAACACCGACAUCAUCAUCAUCAUCAUCAUCAAAUAAUGUAAACUUGUCAUCACCACCUAUGAAUAUGGUUGGUUCGUUACACUCUCCUCCCAUGGGACUAGGUGCUGGACCAGUAGGCGGUGUCGGUGCACCAACACCUGAAGCAUUCUUGAAUGCUUAUGCUGCAGCGGCUGCUGCUGGUGCUCCUCUAGGUUACCCUCCUUAUAUGGGUCCUGGUCAAUUUACAAAUCCUUAUGACUUUACAUUAUUCAAUAGAAAUGCAGCGGUUGCAGCAGCGACAGGAUAUUAUACAAGAGGAGUUGGAGUGGUUGGUGCACCACCUGGAGCAUUUCCACCGAUCGGUGUUCAUGGUGGACAGUUUGUCAAUCAACAACAGGUGAUCAUUCAACCAGAGGUAUCCAAGAUGUGGGUUGGCAAUCUACCACAAGACACCACCGAAGAUGAGUUAAGGGUGUUCUUUUCACCGUACGGCAAGAUCGAGUCGAUCAAGGUAGACUAUCGAUGCGCAUUCAUUAAAUACACUGAGCAUAUAUUGGCACAAAAUGCAAUUAAAGCAACCAAUGGUGUCUUGUUUAAGGGAAACAAGAUAAAGGUUAAUUGGGCGAGUAUCAAGGUACGAGGCAAGAUGCCACAACCUUCAACUACAUCACCGUUACUCUUUGGUCCACCAGUAGGUGUUGUUCCAUUACCCAACCUACAGGCUGCAACACCACCUAUUUUGGCUGCUGCUGCCACUACUCCAUCUCCACCAACUAAUAAUGCAAUAGCUGCUGGACAACACCAACAACACCACCACCAACACCAACUAAUGUCUGAACAACAGAUUCAAUCACCACCAUCAUUAUCAUCGGCUAGUAAUAGUAUUAAAACAAUAUCUACACCACCAUCCUCUGCUACGGCCACUACCGCUGCCGGCACCAUACUCUCAUCAUCAUCCAACUCGCUACCUACAUUAUUGACCACCAACCCUAUUUCACCAACUCAACCUUCAUCAUCAUCUUUAUCGACUUCUGUAUUAUCAACGAAUCCAUCAUCAUCUACGACAUUGUCAUCAUCGAUAUCAUCAAUAACAACGUCGUCAUCUUCUGUACAAUUAUCACUUGAUCUCAAAGAUAGUAUAUCGAAAAAUAGUAAUAGUAAUAAUAAUAAUUUAAAUAAUAGUAGUGGUAGAAUAAAUACCAAUACAAAUAUUGCGCCACAACAUCAUCAUCCAUAUCAUCGACCUCCACCACCACCUCCACCAUCUCAGCCAUCUCAACAACAACAACAGGCAACUAGUUCAGCACAUCAACUUUUACAUUACAAUGAUUUUGAGGAACACGUUGUUUCCAACAAGAGCAAGACACUUUCAAUAUCACCAUACGAUAAAUUAUUAUUGGAAGAAAAGAAUCAUCUAUUGUAUUUGAUUGAUCAUCUAUCGACUACUUAUCGAUCAAUCAAAGAAGCCAAAGAUUGGAUAUUAUUACACUUUAGAUGUUACCGUUCCAUCAUUUCAGUGAUAUCAUCUUAUUUUCAAGAGGUUGGUUUAACUCUACCACCACCCCAACAACAACAACAACAACCACAACAAUCAACAACCAAAGUAUUACCAUUAUUAUAUCUUGUUAAUGAUAUUUUACAUUUUGGAUUAUUGAGAAGACGAUCGAUUGAACAAAUUGAUAUCAUUGCAGAGUUGACCGAACCUCAUCUUUCUACCAUGUUUGUAACAUUCCACGAUGAACCAACUCAAAAUCAAAACCAGGCAAUGACGAUACUCGAUCUUUGGGAAUCCAAAAAAGUUUAUCCUCCAAAAAUAGUACAAUCAUUAAAACAAUUAAUGUAG